AUGGCCGAGAAGCACCCCCACCUCCUCAGAUACCGUAAAAGGUCGGUAUGGAUUCUUGCAUUCUACCUACCGAUUCUUAUCGUCCCCUGGGUUCUUACCUGCAUCCUCAUGCACCGCCCAAUCUUCCUCCCACCGUACAUCAACCAGCGUGGCGAAUACUCUAUGACCGAUAUGCAAAAGAUCCAAGACUGGAGUACUGCGAUAAUUAUUCUCAGUCGUAUUGCCGCAACUCUUGGAUUACCCAUUGUUUCAGCUUUGAUGGCCCAAGCUGUUGUGGUGUACUCCCAGCUACGAAAGGAAGGCCAAGAUGAGAAACUCAACGUAAUCCAACUCUUUGCUCUAUCUGACAGAGGAUGGAUGGACCUACCCAUCUUGUGGACCUCUUGCUUUGGAGCACGAUCUCAUUACUCUAAAUUCCUCUGGUUAGCAGCCGGCCUCGUCCUCAUUAUCCCCUACGAUCCUCUGAACGUCGUUACUUGUAAUAACAAUCCCGUGGAAAUCACUAGCCGAGAUAAAACGUGCAACAGAACGGGUGUGGAAUCCCGUGUUGUCGGCAUCGACCCGGAGCCGAGUGUCAUGGAGCUGAUGCCUCGUAAUCUGGCUACCAAUCUUAUACGCCAAAAGUUGAAAAGUUUUAGCAUGUCGGAUGUUCAGACAAAUCUGUGGCACGAAGAUACAAACUACGAGCCUUUCGCCGUGAAAGAGCAACGAGCCCAAACGUUUAACUGGAUACAAAAGUGGGAUUCGCUCAUCGGUUACUUCGCUGCAUCCCUUGCAAAUGGCACAUCUACUGGUAUUUUACGCGAACAUGCGAUGCGAAUAAAUUCGACAAUAAAUUGCAAAGCGGGCAAUGUGCCGUCAACCUGUUCAGGGCCAAUGCCGUUUUUUGCCGUUUUCAACCAUACGGGAUUUGCAACUUCCGGGAUUAAAGCGACUGUAUGUGUUGAGGGCAAUCACAGCGCUGUACCAUGGACCAGGGGUCGAGACCGGCAGGACAUCCGCGAGUACAUGUGGCUCAUGCUCGAGGUAGCCCAGCGGGCGGAUGGUAGGAGAGUUGACGGACAGGCCCUCCUUGAAGAUGUCACCUCUUUUAACAUAUCAUGUCGCGCUUCUUCAACUAGGGGAUAUUUUGAGCUUGGUAAUCACUGGAAUAAUCAGGUCUUCAAACCAUUAGUGGAUAAGUGGCCGACCCCUAAUGAUAUCCGCAAGAACUUCAACGACUAUGGAUCCUUUGUAGGCAAGUAUGAAGAUCGCGACCGUCGACCUGUAACUGUAUGGAAACCCUAUCAACAGGUCACCUGGAAUAGUCCUCCGAACCUCUUCGAUGACUUCGCGAUAGGUACACCUGGACCUCUUGCUCUCGUAGCACUGUCACUUUUCGGCAGUGGGUCGUUCUUCCACAUUGCUAGCGAGCGGCCUCAGAGGGACAUGAACUACACGAUGCGCGAUAUCUGCGAGUCAGGAAACUACCCAUUUCAGCGUAUCAUCCUCGAUCAUCUCGAUUACAGCAAACUAUGUGCUGGAGAACUCAGCAUGUAUAGGGAAGAGUACCCACCAGCAGGGAACUCUAUCGGCAAUGUCAAAUAUGAGUUCCUACCUAUUUUCGUUGCACGCAUCUUGGAGACCUUUAGCUAUCCGAAACAGGCCGAAUCUCUUUUAGAGAUAGGAAUGUUCUUUGCAAAUGAAGUACUCCUUAGAGAAUCGGCCAGUGUGUUUGGGACUGUAUGGUCACGAUGGAUAUAUUCAUCCCCUGGCUGGACGAUCCUCAAACCACGAAAGACUAAUAUAGCGAUUGUAGUUAUCUUUGCUUUGAUCGUGUUGCAAUCUGUUUGCCUCAUAUGGCUAGUGUGGUACAUCGCAUCAACGCCAACAUGGGCAGAUCGAUAUGACUCUUUUGCGCUGGCGCAGCUCGGUGCACAAUUGGAUGGACUUCGUGGAGGAGGGCUUCGAAGUGCUAGUAAAGACGACGCGGAGUAUCUCAAGAGCCAGAGUGGGAUGGUUGGUGUUUUAGGUGUUAAGAAGAAGCAGACGACAUCGACGGAUGAGUCGUUGGGAAAUGAUCCUGUGAAUGUUCAAGAUACUCCCCAAGAUAACGGAUUAGCCCAAGACGAAACUCCUAUACUGGCUCUUGGGGGAGAUUGUCCGACGAGCUCCACGUACACUGCUACCGGUUGGUUUGGUCAGCGCCGUAACAAAGGCCGAGAAAUGCUACAACAAUCGAAGCCAAUGAUCCCCAAAUUCCAAAUUGCUGCGGCUGGCUUCUCGUUCUUUUGCGCCGGCGUUGACGGUGCCACUCUCGGACCUCUCCUUCCAUACAUCAUACAGUCGUUCACGAUCAACGAAGGUGAGGUUGCUAUAAUCUAUGCCUGUAUUUUCGUAGGAUGGGUCAUCGCCGCCGUGACAAAUCUGUUCCUUGCCACGAAACUAUCUUUCUCCGCUCUCUUGACGCUUGGCGCUACACUCCAGCUUGCGGCACAAUGUCUGCGCCCGUGGGCAUCUCAACCAGUAUUCUUCAUAAGCUUUGCAGUUCAGGCUGUCGGCAUGGGCUAUCAGGAUACACAUGCGAAUGCUUGGGCAAGCGGACUUCCGAAUGCUCACCGCUGCCUGGGCUUCAUCCAUGCCAUGUUUGCCCUGGGCUGCCUUGUUGGACCUUUGGUUGCGACAGCAAUCGCGACAGCCACAGGGUCGGGCCAUUCUAAAACAAAUGGAAUUGAGGCGUGGAGGAUGGGCUACUUCCAACUCAUCGGUAUUCAUGCUCUGAACCUUGUUUGUAUGCUUCUUGCUUUUGGCAACCCACUGAGACAGCGAAAAGCCCCCGAGGGGGCAAUUCCUCAGCCCUCUACUACUGGUACUGUUGACUCGGAUGUCAUUCAACAACGACGUAAUAAGAAUGCCCUUCGCGAUAUCGGACAACUUCUCAAAAUGAAGAAUUUCUGGCUCAUUGGUGGUUUCUACCUUUUCAACUGUGGCGCAUGGUCUGCUGCUGGGGGAUGGGUGGUUGAAUAUCUUGUAGCCCAUCGUGAUGGCGCUCUCGAAAAGGUCGGAUAUGUUCCCACGGGCUUCUGGGCUGGCCUGUUCCUCGGUCGUCUACUCCUGGCUGAGCCGACACAUCGCUUUGGCGAGCAAAGGGCCAUCAUGUGCCUUAGUGCUGUGUGCUUGAUAUUUCAUCUUUUGUUUUGGCUUGUCCCGAAUCUAGUUGCAAGCGCUGUGGCCUUCUCCUUCAUGGGCUUCUUUUUCGGUCCCUUCUUUGCUACCGGUAUGAGUGUCGCAUCAAGAAUGUUUCCUCGCAAGAUUCAGUCAAUGGCUUUGGGUGAGUAUUAG